AUGCCUCGGCUGCUCUGGCUCUCCUCCAACCAGGUGGGCGGCCCCAUUCCCUCUGAUUUUCUGCAAACCAACCAGAUGGCUCAUCUCUUCGUUGUCUCGUACCGCCACUCGCUUCCCGCCUCUCCCAAUCCCUCGCUCGGUUUUGAUUCGUCUCAGCUUCGCCUUCUCCUUACAUGCCCUCCUGUUGGCCCGUCUCGCGUGCCCUGCGCUGCAGACAUGGCUCGAGCUUCAGAGGAUGUGUCGUUGCCGCUAGCAUUGCUCAACCCCGCCUAUGACAUGGUGGCGGAGGCGGCGCCGCUGGAGUUUAGCGUGCUGUUCCUCUACCUGGGCGGGCUGCUGGCGCUGCUGGGCUUCGGCACGUUCCUCGUCGUGCGGCAGGUGCUCGUCAAGCGCGAACUCGAAAACGCCGCCAAGGAGCUCCAGGAUCGGGUGCGGUCGGGCGAGGCGACGAGCGAGGAGUACUUCGAGCUGGGCGCCAUCAUGCUGCGCAAAAAGUUCUUCGCCGUCGCCAACAAGUACCUCGAACUCGCCAUCGCCAAGUGGGAGGGCGACGAACAGGAACUCGCGCAGGUGUACAACGCGCUGGGGUUCAGCUACUUCAGCGAGGAGAAGCUCAAGGAGGCGGUGAAGGCAUAUGAGAAGGCCGUCAGCCUGCAGCCCGCGUACGUGACGGCGUGGAACAACCUGGGGGACGCAUUGGAGAGACAGAAGGAGUGGGCGCGCGCCCUCAAGGCGUACGACACGGCACUGGUCUACGACCCCUCCAACCGCAUUGCUGCUGGCCGCGCCAAGGACCUCAAGCAGCGCGUCGACCGGCUACGCUACUGA